GGUGGCUCUGAGCUCAGUCUCAUUCAGCGAGUCGGCGGGCGUUGAGUUUGAGUGCGAAGUGCGGUGCGCGUCGAGUCAGCGAGCGUUGAGCAGCAGCAACAACACGACGGCAACAGCAAUACUAGCAACAUCAACACUGGCAACAGCAGCAACACCAACGGCAGCCACACAGACGAGCGGUUCCGGUUCGCGUUUUCGAGUGGUGGCUACAAGAAAACAAAAAAAUUACCCUCAAAAAAACCGUCGGAAAAACAAGGCCCCUAAAAUGCCCUUAAUUUAAUCCCUCCCUUCGACUGAUCUUACAAUUUGGAAGCGUGGCAUGGCAACCACCACAUCCCCCGGCCCCACAAGGACUACCACUAAAGUUUCCACACCAAGAGCUACAUCUGGAAUUCCUGGGAGCGCUGAAUCCCCGGGAGCAAUCAUGCCCAUGGCCGCCGUGCCAUUGCCGUCGCACCUGCAACUUUUGGGCAGCCCCGCCGGAGGCAUCGGACAGCCGUCGGCGAUCACGCCCGUUUCGCCCACGGCAGCACCCACAGUCCUCGCCCAGCCGCACAGUUUGAGUCCAUCCACGCCCAUCCUGACCCAGGGCGCACCCCCUGCUCCGGCGCUGGGUGGGAUCUUCUGCGGAGGCAGUGCAGCGACGGCGGGACCGGGCGCUGCGGGGGCGGCAGCUGCAGCGGCGGCCACGAACCUCAACGCACUAGCCUCGCAGCAUCGCCUACUGGAGCUAUCCCGCUUUGGCCUUAGAGGAUACGACCUGGCCCAGCACAUGCUCUCCCAGCAAGGAGCUGUUUCCAAGCUGUUGGGUACGUUACGUCCGCCGGGUCUAAUUGGCGGCUCCAAGCCCAAGGUGGCCACCCCGACAGUGGUCUCCAAGAUCGAGCAGUACAAGCGCGAGAAUCCGACGAUCUUCGCGUGGGAAAUCCGCGAGCGACUGAUCACUGAAGGUGUUUGUACCAAUGCCACCGCUCCCUCAGUGAGUAGCAUCAAUCGAAUAUUGCGCAAUCGAGCUGCGGAGAGGGCAGCGGCGGAAUUUGCCCGAGCUGCGAGUUACGGCUAUGCCAUCCACCCCACGCACCCGCAUCCGUACACCAGCUUUCCCACUUGGCCGGCGCAUCAUCCGUUGUGGGGAGCCGUGCCGCUGCCCUCUGGAGCAGCUGGUGGGGCUCUGCUGCCCGGCGGAAGUGGCAGCAGCUACGGCAGCGACGGCAACAUAAGCUCAAACCCCAACAGCAGCAACGGCAACACCACCCACAGCAACAACACCAACAGCGGCAGUGCCUGCGGAGACAGCAGUGCGGGAAGCGGCCGCCUUUCCCUGCCGGCUCUUUCACCGGACUCCGCCAGUCGGGAUAGCCGCUCCCCUGAUGCAGAUGCCAACCGGAUGAUAGACAUCGAGGGCGAGGACAGCGAGUCGCAGGACAGCGACCAGCCGAAGUUCCGGCGCAACCGCACAACCUUCAGUCCGGAACAGCUAGACGAGCUGGAAAAGGAGUUCGACAAGUCGCACUAUCCGUGUGUGAAUACCCGCGAAAAACUGGCUGCGCGGACGACGUUGAGCGAGGCCAGGGUGCAGGUUUGGUUUUCCAACAGACGAGCGAAAUGGCGGCGCCACCAGCGGGUCAACUUGCUCAAGCAGCGCGACUCGCCCUCGACCUCGAGCUCACCCACGCCGGCGGUUCCACCUGCAGCUCCAGCUUCGGCUCCUGUUCCAGCUCCAGAAUCUGGCCAGCCGAAGCAGCCAUAUCUCUACAGCCACAGCAGCAUCAGCAACACCAUCUGCAACACCAGCAACACCAUCUGCAACAGCAACUGCAACACCAGCAACAGGAGCAACUUGAGAGGCAACAACCACGUGGAAGAGCCACCAGUGGCGGUGGCAACUGCCUCACCCACAGCAUCAGCUCCAUUAUCAAUGGGCGGUGAGCACAGCGCCUUCCGAGCCCUGCCAAUGACCUUGCCCCCGGCAUCGGCGGCUGCCUUCGCCCUCAGUUUCGCCCGCCAGUACAUAGCCAAAUAUAUGGGCACGCCCAUUAAUCUGGGCCACAAUUUGGCAUCCAGUGGUGCCGCCGAUCAUCAGUCGUCGGAGGACGAGGAGGGGCAGGAGGAGGAGGAGGAGGUAAUCAACGUGGAGCACGAUGCCGAGUGACCAUUUUCCUAUCGCUUUAAAUCGAGAAUUUAGUGCAAUUUUUACUACUUAAUUUAUUCAGUUUGUACCACAUCUAACAGCGUGCUGAGUACAAAUAAAAUCGAAACGAUGACAUGCGUGCGAUAAA